GCGAGCUAGACCAUCUGUUGCAACACGUCCCGCAGCUCGUUAACCUCACAGCACCCUCCCGGCAACCAGACAAUCAGCAAUCAUGUCGACGACGCAGAGCGUGCAAUGCUUCGGCAAGAAGAAGACGGCCACCGCCGUCGCCCACUGCAAGACCGGCCGUGGUCUGAUCAAGGUCAACGGCCGUCCUCUGCAGCUCGUCCAGCCCGAGAUCUUGCGCUUCAAGGUCUACGAGCCCCUCCUGGUUGUCGGUCUUGACAAGUUCGCCAACGUCGACAUCCGUGUCCGCGUCACCGGUGGUGGUCACACCUCGCAGAUCUACGCCAUCCGUCAAGCCAUCGCCAAGUCCCUCAUCGCCUACUACCAGAAGUUUGUCGACGAGCACUCCAAGAACCUCCUCAAGCAGGCCCUCGUCCAGUUCGACCGAACCCUCCUCGUCGCCGACAACCGCCGCUGCGAGCCCAAGAAGUUUGGUGGUAAGGGCGCCCGCUCCCGCUUCCAGAAGUCUUACCGUUAAACAACGGUUGUUGCUCGGAAUGGGGACAAAAACUCGGGGGAGGUCGGAGCGUUGUUGCAGUGGAGGAUACUACGGGCAGUGCGGAAAAGGGACUGGAGUCAAAUAUUCCCUGGUAUGGGAAUGGGUUUCCCAUUGGCAUUUGCAUGGCCUUGCUUUUGACGGAUUGUAAAGGAUCUGGCAGGCAAAUGAAAUCUUACAAGUUAACGACCGGGCUCGCACUGCAAGAGACUGUGACGUGCUCAAUGAAUUGUCUUGUUCACUGGA